GGUGUAGAAUUGCAUAGCUGAACAAGAACUAAAUUGACAGACCUUUCUUUAUAUAUAGAUAAGAAGAAGAAGAAGACAAGUUUCUCAAAGUGAAGAUGCGACUUAGUUCCGUGGAUCCCAGUUCCUUUUCAAAUGCCGAUGAAGUCAUCACGACUCAUGUCAAUCUUGACUGGAGAGUCGACUUCCAAAGGAGCGUCAUUGCUGGCAGUGUGGAGAUUUCCAUGAAGAUCAUCUCAUCGCAAAUUGAUCAAAUUUUCCUCGAUGUGAGUGAUCUCAAGAUCGAUUCUGCAAAAUUGGUUCAAAAAGAGGGCUCCUUUCCUGUCACCUUCGAUGUAACGGACUUUACGAAGGAUAUUGGAUCGAAAUUGACAAUAUACCUUCCUACUCUAACAACCGGCGAGAUUACCCUUCUGAUUGAUUAUGAGACAUCCCCGAAGGCCAGUGGUCUCCUAUGGCUGUCCAAGGAACAAACAUCCGGAAAACGCCAUCCUUUCCUCUUCAGUCAGUGUCAGUCAAUUCAUGCCCGAUCGCUGAUGCCCUGCCAGGAUACACCGGCUGUUAAAUUCACCUACCGUGCUACGGUACACCAUGCUGAAGAUGUCGUUGCCCUCAUGAGUGCAAUUGAAACGGACAAGAAGCGUGGAGUUACGAGCUUUGAGCAGACUGUACCAAUUCCCAGCUACCUCCUGGCAAUUGUUGUGGGUGAUCUCGUAAGUGAGGAUCUGUCUCCAAUAACGCGCGUCUGGGCGGAGAGAGAUUUAGUCAAAGAAGCUGCUGAAGAAUUCUCUGAAACGAGCAAUUUCCUAGAAAAAGCAAUCGAAAUCUGCGGUCCGUACGUUUGGAAGCGCUACGACAUUCUCGUAAUGCCACCAAGUUUCCCCUUUGGUGGUAUGGAGAAUCCCUGCUUGACCUUCGUAACACCCACGAUUAUUGCAGGCGAUAAGUCCUUAGCGAGUGUCGUGGCGCACGAGAUUUCUCACUCCUGGACCGGAAAUCUCGUGACAAAUCGCAAUUUUGAGCAUUUCUGGCUCAAUGAGGGAUUCACGGUGUUUGUGGAGAAUAAAAUCAACGGAGAGAUGUACGGUAAGAUCUAUCGUGACUUUCACUCUGUUCUAGGGCUGAGUGAGCUCAAGGAUUGCAUGAAUGUUCAGCUGCGUGAUCAACCAGAUUUGCAGAAGCUCGUAGUUGAUCUGACAAAUUACAGCCCGGAUGAUGCAUUCUCAACGGUGCCCUACAUGAAGGGAUCAACUUUCCUACGCUACCUUGAAGACCUUUUCGGUGGCCCUGAUGUCUUUGAUCCCUUUCUCCGUUUCUAUCUGAACAAAUACAAAUUCAAAUCCAUCGUAAGCGAUGACUUCAAGAAGACAAUUUACGAAUACUUCCAUGAAGGAAAAUACACGGAGAUCCUUGGGCAAAUUGACUGGGACAAAUGGUUCUACAGCACCGGGAUGCCACCAAUUAUCCCCAACUAUGACACCAGUUUGGUGGAUGCAGCGCACAAACAUGUUGAAUUGUGGAAAAAGACCGAUAUCCAUGAAAUUGAAAACUCUUCACUACUCAGCAAACCCCUAACAAGUCUUCAAGUUGUUGAGAUGCUUUCGAAACUCCUGGAUGAAAAAGUUGAAUUUUCCCACGAGAAGUUGAGCAUUUUCGAAAAGACCUACAAACUAUCGCAAACAAGAAACUCCGAAAUACGCUUCCGUUACUUACGGAUGUGCAUCAUGGCAAGAAAAUCUGAUGCUCUGGACGAUAUCUUUGCAUUCGCCAAUGGGAAUUUCCGCAUGAAGUUUGUUCGUCCAAUCUACAAGGAGCUUUCGCAGUGGCCGGAAGUACGAGAGCGCGCUAUUGAAAACUUUCAACGCUACAAGGAUCAAAUGAUGCGAAUGUGUGCUGUUCAAGUUGCCAAUGAUAUGGGAAUUCCAUUUUAAACUCCAACAUUAUGUGUGAGAUAUUGGCAAUAAAAUUUUUAUUUUGGGA